CUCGCGCAGACCCACCCCCUGAGUCAGAGCUAUAACAAGAGACCACGUCGCUGUUUUGAAAACUCUUAAAAGAAUUCCUGCGACAAUUUUUUGCUUCAUUCCUUCUCGCCAACCCCUAAUCUCAACAAGAUGCUGGUCUUCGUGGCAGUCGCGUUCUUGCUAGGUGAAUGUCCAACUACUGCAGCCCCGGUGGAUGACCCGACUCACUGCUGUAUGCCGAAGCAGUGGUCUGGCACUAUGGGUAUCAUCAGUGGCUCUGUAAGCGGUGGGAAGCCUUCGACAAAGAACCAGACCAUCAUGGAGUAUUAUGAUUACGACAAGAUGAAGGUUGCACUGGUGGACGUGAGAGGAACCUACAGGAUUGUGGAAGACCAUAACAAGGGGGUGUCCUACACUAUAACUUCAAACCAGUGUACCACCAGCAAGCUGACCGAAAAGUUGUACAACUGCAUCCCAACCAAUACUACGUUUCUGGGAUCGUACACAUAUGGCGGCCCACAAGGAUUGAAAGUGUACGAAUACUCGGUUGAUACUAUUGUCCCUGGUCUGUUGGGGAGGGCUUCCUUCAGCGUCGACAAUUGUCUGCCAGUUGUGGAGACGAUAAUCAACACUGGAAAUGAUCCCUAUAUUGAUGCUAUUGGAUUCGUCAACAUGGAAAUGACCAUUAAGGACCCUUCCGUGUUCGAUGUGCCCAGCCCGCCCUGCCCGGCAGACACAGAGCUGGGUAACGUCGUGACCAUGCCCACGCGGCGAAGAGCCAUCUUUGGUCGUUUUCCCUGAUCUUACAUUUCUCCAAUCCUUUGAGGAACCACAAGCAUGAAAUAAAUGAUUUACUCCUUGGA